CGCGCCGUGUGCGCGUGCGCGCGGCGGGCGCGAUGGCUGCGCGCAGCGGGCUGGCGGCUCUCGGUGCCGGCCGCCGGGCGUGGAAUCUUCCUUCGCGCCUGUCUGCGGGGCUCCCGGGCUGCUGGCUCCGGAGAGGUUACGUCGUGGGGCGCGCGGAGAGCCCUCCCACCUUUGGAUUACUGUUCGACAUCGAUGGAGUGCUGGUUCGAGGCCACAGAGUGAUCCCAGCUGCUCUGGAAGCUUUUGGCAAGCUGACAAACCCCCAGGGACAGAUGCGGGUACCUGUGGUUUUUGUCACAAAUGCUGGGAACAUCUUACAGCACAGCAAAGCCCAGGAGCUGUCAGACCUGCUGGGGUACAAGGUAGAUCCAGACCAAGUCAUUCUCUCUCACAGCCCCAUGAAGCUCUUCUUACAGUAUCACAACAAGCGGAUGCUAGUGUCUGGGCAGGGACCCGUGGUGGAAAAUGCCAGAUCACUAGGCUUCCAGAAUGUGGUGACCGUAGACGAGCUGCGACGAGCCUUCCCGGAGCUGGACAUGGUGGACCUCGAGCGGCGGCCGAAGAGCACGGCCCCGAGGAAUGACUUCUCCGCCAUUGAAGGGGUCCUCCUACUUGGGGAGCCAGUCCGCUGGGAGACAAACCUGCAGCUGAUUAUGGAUGUCCUCCUUAGCAAUGGGAACCCUGGGACUGGGCUGGUGACAGCUCCAUAUCCCCACCUCCCUGUCCUGGCUAGCAACAUGGAUCUCCUGUGGAUGGCUGAAGCCAAGAUGCCCAGGUUUGGUCAUGGCACCUUUCUGCUGUGCCUGGAAACCAUCUACUGGAAAGUAACAGGCAAGGAGCUGAAAUACGAGGGCUUGAUGGGCAAACCCAGCAUCCUCACUUACCAGUACGCCGAGGACAUGAUCAGGCAGCAGGCUGAGAGGCGGGGCUGGUCUGCCCCCAUCAGGAAGCUCUAUGCUAUAGGUGAUAACCCUGUGUCUGAUGUCUAUGGUGCUAACCUGUUCCACCAGUACCUGCAAAUGGCAAAGCGUGGAGAGGAGGGACAUGGGACUGGUGGACAGCAAAAGCAGCGGCCUCCAGCAGCCCGGAGCUGUGCCUCCAUCCUGGUAUCCACUGGCAUAUACAGCUCUCAGGAUGCAGGCUCCCAAGUGCCCGCAUCUGGAAGUGCAGAGCCAUUCCACGGGCACCGAGACUUCAGCUUCAGGCCGGAGCUCCUAACGGCCUCCCACGUCGUUCGUGACGUGGACGAAGCCGUGCAGCUGGUUUUCCACCAGGAGGGGUGGGUUUGACAGUAAGGAGAUGGGGCGGGGGCAAGGGGCUGUUGGGGCCCUCACCUCAGGGACUCCUGUGGGCCACUCUGGUCCAGGUCACAGUCCUUGCCGGGCCCCUUGCCACUACUUCCUGGGAUGAAGAAGACCACAGCUUCAGGAGCUGUAGAAUGACCUUGGGCAGCAUUUCAGGAUGACUGGAUUUCUGGCACUACCUGUGUGUCUCCUGCAGUCUGACCUCAGGCCGAUUCCUUUACCUCUGUGCCUCAGUGUCCUCUCAGCAAGGACUUUUUUCCCCUCAAUACAGGGUCUCAACUGUUGUAGCCCUGGCUGUCCUCGAACUCGCUGUGUGGACCAGGCUGUCCUCGAACUCACAGAGAUCUGCCUGGCUCUGCCUCCUGAGUGCUGGGAUCAAAGAUGUUGCCACCACACUUGCCUCAGUAAGGACUUCUAAAAACGGGGACAGUGUAAAAUUAUGUGCAAACUUCUGGAGGGCCUUUGCUCUCGCUGAGGGAACCCUUGUAUGCCAGUACGGUGUGUACUAACACUCUUUUUUUUUUUUUUGGUCUUUCGAGACAGGGUUUCUCUGUGUAGCUUUGCGCCUAACACUCUGGAUAGCUUUCACUGUAUUCUAAAGUAUUGCCCUGAGACUCUUGGGGCUUUUUUUUUUUUUUUUUUAAUUAAAAACGACCCUAAUAUUUGUUAUGUUGUGUCUUGUGAAGCUUUAUCUGGAAUGUGCUAGAAGUCCUGCAGGGGGAGGGGGAGGUGGUACACAUGGUACUCUUCCUGAGGCAGAAAAAGUCGUGACAUUUCGUUCCCUAAGUAUGGCGUCUCCUCUUCUGUGGUCGUUCCUCUCACUCCCAGGUGGGGGCGCUGUCUAGGAAUGAAUUAUUCUGGCUUUGGCAUAUGCUUAGCAAUUUCUUGGUGUAGAAAAGAAAAGAGACCUUGUUUGUGUCUGUUCUGAGGGCUUUCCCAUAGUGAGCCCAGAAGUGUGUCCUGCUUGUUAUCUUCUGUCCUCAGAGAGUAUCCUCCUCCAGUUCGGCCCUGUUUGUCUCUCCCAUAACCUUGACAUCUGUCAAAUGUCUCAGUCUAUAGUUUGGAAGUUGACUGCCUUUCAGUGGUCCCCAGCAUGAUGCUAAGCAUUAGAUUUGGUGGUACAUGGCAUUCUCAGCAUCCUGAAGGCUGAGGCAAGAGGAUUUUGAGUUUGAGAACUACCUAGGACUCAUGCAUGAUACUAUCUGAAGAAAUGAAAAAAAAAUUUUUUUUUCGUUUUUUUGAGACAGGGUUUCUCUGUGUAGCUUUGCGCCUUUCCUGGAACUCAUUCUGUAGUCCAGGCCGGCCUCGAACUCACAGAGAUCCGCCUGCCUCUGCCUCCCGAGUGUUGGGAUUAAAGGCAAAUGCCACCACCGCCCGGCCAGAAAUGAAAAUUUAACAAAACCAAGCCAAAGCCUGACUAAAGAACCCAGUCAGUUCCCGCCUCAUCUUACUGCAUAGGAUACAAUCUCCUGACUCCAUUUCCUCUCCCUCUGUUCCCCUCCCUUCCCUUCUCAUCCUGGUCCCCCUGGUUCUUCCUGCCUUGAACCCCUAGUUACCUGCUUUCACCUCCCAGGAGCUGAGGGUACAGAGGCGUGCCACCACUUUCAUUUUUCCUAAAAUGCUGUCGGCUACACCUGACUAAUUUCUUGACCCCUCUGGGUGCUUCAUUGUUCAGAGGUGAGGGAGCAAAGGAGCCUGAGGGGGUGACCAGGGACCGUAGGAGAGUGGAGAGCUGGUGUCCUAGACGCUGAAUCAAGACAUUGUUGCAUGCCCUCUCCCUGAGGACCAGGACCUAGCCAUGCACAAGUCCACCCACUCUGGCACCUCCCAAAGAACCCAGUUCCUCUGCUGUCUCCCUGAGGUGCCUUCUCCUUGCCAGGGCCAGAGGCUUGAAGUCAUGCUUUCUUCUUUCCCACAUCAGCUUUCCUCUUAAUGCUUAUAGUGUGGGUGCUGCUCAGCUUCAUCACCUGCCCCUGCUGAGGUCCCUGGCUUCCUGUGGCUCCAGGAUGGAAUGAGGAAAAGACACACACACACACACACACAGAGAGAGAGAGAGAGAGAGAGAGAGAGGGGCUUAGGCUGGUGAACUGAGCUCUGUGAUGGAGAAGCCACAGCACCCUGUAAGGACAGCAUGUUUAUUAUAUAUAGUUGAACAGAGAGGUGGUUAUUGCAUACAGUUGAACAAGGAGAUGGAGUUAUCGCAUACAGAUGAGGCAGUAGGAAGUCCAGACUCAGCAUUUUGUGGCUGCAAGAGCAGCUCAGGGCUGUCCUUUAGGAUUUGGGAGUUUGUCCCACCAUCCUUGGUUCUGCAUAUUCCACGGAGGGAGAAAAGAGAACUUUCCAGAACAUUCCCAGGACUUCUAGUCCCAUGAAUACAAUGUGGUCACCGGGGCACCACUAACUUUAAGGGACAAGGACAGAGUACAGGGGAACUCCUCUAAAAUUCAGGCUGUGGGGCCAGAGAGAAUCUUAGCAGGCAAAGGUGAUUGCUGCCCACUCUGACAAUCUGAGUGUGUGGGAGCCACGUGGUGAAAGGAGAGAGCUGACCCCCUGCUCCGUGGUACAUGUGCCCUCCCUCCCUUAAAAAAAAUAAUUGUAAUCAUUUUUCAGAUGUUAAAGAGUAAGGUUCUGCUUAGCAAGAAUGAUAGUAGAAUGCAUGUUGGACCAGAACGAGCAGCCAGAACGAGCAGCGCAGCUCCAGUGCCUGCCCCUGGACGACACUCAACUGUUACUGCUCUUGUUUAAUUUGCAGGGGGAGGGAGCUCUGAGUGUGCUAGGCAAGUAUUCUACAGCAGAACUACACCCCUUGCUAUGUUGUUUCUUUGUUUUGUUUUUGAGAAAGAGUUUCUUUGUGUGGCCCUGGCUAUCCUGGAACUUGCUCUGUAGACCAGGCUGGCCUCAAGCUCACAGAUCUGCCUGCCUCUGACUCACACUGGGAUUAAAGGCCUGUGCUACCACCUCCUAGCUUUUAAUUUACUUCUUAAAAAAUAUGGUUUGGGGUGGUGGUGCACACCUUUAACUCCAGCACUCAGGAGGCAGAGACAGGCAGAUCUCUGAGUUCAAGGCCAGCCUGGUCUACAGAGUGAGUUCCAGGACAGCGAGGGCUACACAGAGAAACCCUGUCUCAAACCCCACCCCACCCCCAAAAUAUAUACGGUUUCGUGUAUCCCAGGCUGGCCUCAAGCUUGCUAGAGUCAAGGAUGGCUCUGGUCCUCCACCUCCUGUGUGUUGAGAUUACAGACAUAAACUGUCAUAUCUGGUUUAUGCCACUCUACCAACUGAACUAUAUCCCUAACCCAAUUUACUUAUUUCUUGAGUCAGAAUCUUGCUUUGGAACUCAGUCUGGCUGCCAAUUAAACAAUUUUUCUGUCUCAA